ACCGGCGUUUCAAAGCACCUCGAGAACCCACAUGUGCGUAUAGCUUCAAAGUGCCGCCAAUCAAGCCUGAAGCCGUGUGGUUUUUUGGAUUGAUCCUUGAUUUCAAAUUCCAAAACUUUCCCAGGAAAAAAACUUUGUUUUUUUUUUUCCCCCCAAAGUUUGAAGGGUUUUUUUUUAAAAAAAAAUUGAUCAGAGCUAUGAAUUCGGUGGAAGACCUUCACAAGGUGUGGGAAACUAAGGCCCUUAAAAAGCCUGGGGAGGACAAAGCCAAGAAGCUUCUCGAUAGAAUCGCAAAACAGGUUCAACCCAUUAUGCGCAAACAUAAAUGGAGGGUCAAGCUUCUCUCUGAAUUUUGCCAUCCGGCUCUUCUGGGACAGAAUGCAGGACGCGGUGCUCAUGUGCAGCUAAGGCUUCGAAGGCCCAACAGGGAUUCGGAUUUCUUGCCCUUUGAUCAAAUUCUUGACACUAUGCUUCAUGAGCUCUGUCACAAUGUUCAUGGUCCUCAUAAUGCCAGCUUCUAUAACCUUUGGGAUGAACUUAGAAAGGAAUGUGAGGAGCUGAUAGCCAAGGGAAUAACUGGCACUGGAUAUGGGUUUGAUCUUCCUGGGAGGCGUUUGGGUGGCUUUUCCCGUCAACCUUCUAUUUCUUCCCUUCGUACAACUGCACUUGCUGCUGCAGAGAAGAGAGCCAAGUUGGGAUCUCUACUACCAUCUGGACCUAAGCGUCUUGGCGGUGAUAGCACAAUUAUGGUUGGACUUAGUCCAAUACAAGCUGCUGCAAUGGCUGCAGAAAGGAGGUUACAGGAUGAUAUCUGGUGCGGAUCUGCAUCCUGUGAAGCUUCUGAGGAUGGAGAAGGUAGCCCUGAUAAAUUGCCGGACAUUAGACGUACAGAGCAAGGUGCAGGUGCAUGUGACUUGGAUCCCAUAUCUCGAAAAAGAAGUCAUGAAUCCAAUAGUAAUUCUUCAUUUCAGACUUCAGAUAGCCGCUUAAAAUCUAACUUUAUAGAUUUAUCCAUGGAUUCUUCAGAAUCUAUUUACAUGCAAGAUCCUAAUAUGAGAUCCAAAGGAAAAAGUCGAGUAUCAGAAAAUUCAUCUUCAAAGUCUAAUUGCCACCCAGAAUCUACUUUUAUGAGUUUAUCUGGUCCUUCGUCUUCCAAGUCCACGUCUAAUUGUGAUACGCAUUAUACCAUAGAAACUGCUCAAUGGGAGUGUGAAGUAUGCACUUUGUUGAAUCCACCAUUAGCUCCAUUGUGCAAGCUCUGUAGCACGCUGAAGCCCAUAAAUAUUGGAAGUAAACACAAAAUUUGGUCUUGCAAAUUCUGUACCUUGGAAAAUAGUGGGAUGUUGGACAAAUGCUCGGCAUGUGAUCAGUGGAGAUACUCACACGGUCCACCAGUGGCCUUCAAAGCACCUAAUCUGGGCACUUGAGAGAGACAACGGCUUAAAUCAAUUUGGCCUUAGAUGCUCAACAAUCCGAUUAAUAUUCUGGUGAUUCUUUUUGGAAGUCUUUUUUUAUAUUGUUAUGAGCAUCUAAUAAUGUCCAGUUUUUGGUAGACAUGUUUCUGAAAUUCUGAUGGGCUGAGUGUUCGUUUUGGUAUUUUCCUUCAGUGUAAAGAAACACUGAUAAUUCUAACCUAAACAAAGGAAGCAGAUGUGAAUAUGUACAUAUUUUUAGUUUGAAGUAUCCUCUAAAGACUGUUUUGCAGCUCUCUUUCUUUCCAUGCUCUAAUUCAUUGCUGCCUUAGGUAGAGUGGGUAGAUGAUGAAGAGGUGUAUUUGGCUGUAUAUUAUGGAUUUUGAUCCUCUAUUGCCAUUGGCUGAAUUCAACGGUUAAGAUGUGUACUGAAUCAAGGCCUUAGAAUUAGAAAGUGCUCUACUGGCAUUAAAAGGUGGAUGAACUUCCUUUUAUAUUGCUUCAUUUUUAGUGAAAUCAUUAACACCAACCCAUCUUACUUAUAUGUUCUAUUAAGUCUUUCUUAUUA